UGGGAGAAGCAAGGGGUUAAGGCAUCCUGGUUUACUUACGUCUCUCAGUCAGACUUUUAUCUGAUCCUUCCUCCCUUUCUCCCCUGCCCACCCCUCUGUAAAUGUCAACCACUUCCUGAUGAUUUCACACCUUUCUGUUCUUUGUGAAGAAACCUGGGUGUUAAUGGUACAGCAUUGGGUACCAUUGUAUGUGCCGGCUGUCUGCUAUUGAAGCUGACGGAUGCCUGCGGAAAUCAAGUGUAUUGACAAGAAUCCAGCAAUGGAAACGUGGUCAGUUGAUCAGGUCUGCAAAUGGUUGGUGGAAAAAAACUUAGGUGAGCUAGUCCCCAGGUUUCAAGAGGAAGAAGUCAGUGGGGCCACACUCCUGGCCCUUAAUGAUCGGAUGGUACAGCAACUGGUAAAGAAAAUUGGACACCAGGCUGUUCUGAUGGACUUCAUUAAGAAAUACAAGCAGGGCAAUCAAGAGCUGAAGCCUACGGGAGGCCCCGCAGAUACAUCCACGCUGACCCCGGCACAAGCGGCCCCUGAGCACGAACAAAACCCUAGUCCCACCAGCCACGGGGACCAGACAUCUUUGUAUCCAGCCGUCCUUGACAAUAGACUCAUUGAUCAAAGAGUAUUGAAGCAGAGAAGAAAUGUAAAACAUGUUCUAGCAAGGCAUAAAGCAUUACAGUGGACUAAGUCCUACAUCUUACCGGAGUUUCCCUAUGAUGUCAAGUGCAUGUUGGUGGAGCAGAAGCGCCCCGACCACAGCAUGCGGAUAAGGAUCAUUGAGUUUCUCCAGGCAGAUAUGACUAAGUACCUGGAAGGCUCGCUGUACCCCACCACCCAGCAGUACAACGACGUGGUCAAUGCUCUGCUGCAGGCCCACCCUUUCCUGGAUGAGGACGGCUGUGGCUUUUUUUUAUGGAAACGAGCCCUCAAAGAUCGCUUUAAAUAUAUUCGAAGACCCAUAGAAGAUGAUGAACAAGUAAUGAGGAAUAAGUGUAAAUUUGGACACCGAAGAGGCCAGACAAGGAAGUCUCUUGCUGACAUACAAUCGAAUGAAAUUAAAAUUGUGCAGAUCAAAGAAGAAUCUGCUCAUUUAGACUCGGAGGUGGAUGAACACAUCAGCUGGUUCCAGCAAGAGUAUAUGAAAACAGAAAGGGACUGGAGAGAAGUUGACAAGAGGAUGAGCCAGACUUUGGAAAUAAGAAGAAAGAUGAUUGGCGGCCAAACACCUCUCAAGGACAUUCUUAAGAUGUUUCCUUUCCUGAAGUGCCCUUACCAGAUGUUCAGAGAAGUUCAAAUUCUUACAAAAACAGAUAUUUAUAAGAAAACAAGGCAUAUCCUGGAAUCCUACUCGGAAAAUAUACUGACUGCCUUUUCAGUGCUGGACAAUCCAAUCAAUACUGCCCUGCAAGAGAAGAUGAAACACUACACUGACGAAGGGGUGCUGAAGUACAUGAAGAUGACUGCCACGUGUUUACUCCUUCCACAUGUUUUUGGGGAUGAGCCCAGCCUUUUUGUCGUUGUGAAUGGGAAGGUGCACGUGUCCACGCCUGUGUUGGAAGUUAAAAACCCUUUCCACAUCAAUGGCUGUGAGUUUUCUCUGUAUUUGAACAAAGAGAAGCUCACAAAGGUGGAUGACUGUGUCACAGCUCUGGCUGCUUUGGUGUCUGCUUUCCGUGUGUUUGGGAUCGAGUGUCCAAGAAGACUGUCCCAAACCUUCAACUUCCUAGAGACAUUGAUCUUUGACAUGCAGAGUCCCCAGUUUCCCUCUUUGAAAGAAAAGGAAAUCAGAUCUCAACCUCCAAUCACUUAAGAACAACUGCAUGAACUCUCUAGGGUGACAGAAGCUUCAUCAACAAUUGCAGAUUCAUCUUAGAAUAUCUAUUGCCUUGGAGGUAGGGGUUAGAAAAGUCAUGUUGUCUCCAGCAUCAAUGUAUUUUUGAAGCCUCUCUCUUUAACUUAGAUAUUUAAGUUCUUUGUGAAGUUCCGUAAUAAAAUGCUACUUAAAGGUUCUCAAUUUGAUUUGAGUUCUGUAGUCAAGGUUUCAUUUUCAACAGUGUCAGUUUUACCUGGCAUAAAAGACAUUAUGAGGUAAAAUCCUCCCAGUUAGGGUCUGACCCUAAACUUAACUCAGUGUGACUGCUUGAAAGACCAUGAGUUGAACAGCCGCCUCUUUAGUUUCUUUGGUUAGAGCAUUGGUUGGAAACAUCUUGAACUUGAGUAUUUUAAAGAGAUAUAUAGUCCUCAAUUUCCUUAUCCCAGACACACUGUUUGGUUUGAUGUGUUUUGGUUUUCUUCAAUCAAUAUUGAAAAAAUCAAUAGUGAGAGAGCAGCUGCAAUCUUGGGAUAUCCUCCUUGUAGGCCAUCUUGUUGGCACAAGGUUCUUUCCAUAGAGACUCAGCCCGUGCUCCAGGGUCACACUGAAAUUUGUUUGUUCAUUCAUGAAAUGGUGAGACAGUACUACUUCUGGAAUAACAGGACCUAGGCACUAUCUGUUUUCUGAGGACUUUCACAAGAAAAAGAAACUGUAAAAUAGUAGCAUGACUUGAUAUUAUCAUCAAAAUAUCAUGUUAUUUCCUAAUUCUGAAUGAUAGGGGUGGAGUUGGGGUGUGUGUGUGGGGUCAUUCUGCAUAUUGUAGAGAUUUUAAUGUGUUAAUACUUGUGACACAAUCAGAUAAGCCUCAUUUAUUUCAUCAAAUGGACUUUUUAAAAUAUUUAUUUUCCUUUUUACUAUAAUAAAGUAACCCCUUUACAAA